GCCGCCACGGUGGGGAGGAAGAGCGGGCGGGCUCCCUUUGGCGCCCCCUGGCGUGGUAGCGACGCACGUCAUCGCUCUGGUCUCCGCCAAUCGGAGGCGGCGGCGUGGGCUGCGCGCCGUACUGCGCCCUCGCAUUGGCCAGCGCCGCAGCAGAGGCUCCCGGUGCGGCCGCAGCUGUCUGUGUGGAGCGGCCAUGACGGCGCACAGCUUCGCUCUGCCGCUUGUCCUGUUUUCCGCCUUCUGGGGCCUCGUGGGCAUCGCCGCCCCCUGGUUUGUGCCCAAGGGGCCGAACCGUGGGGUGAUCAUCACGAUGCUGGUCACUACGGCUGUGUGUUGCUAUCUAUUCUGGCUCAUUGCCAUCCUGGCCCAGGCCAACCCCCUGUUUGGGCCACAACUGAAGAACGAGACCAUCUGGUACGUGCGCUUCCUCUGGGAGUGAGCAGUCCCCGGGAGCCAGCGCCUGAAGGACGUCCCCCCAGAAUUCACACCUUCUUGCUGCUGUUCCAGCCUCUACCUUCCCAUGCCAGGCAGCCCUCAAAAGUUGCUGGAACAGAGGUUGGGCCCGCUGCCUUGUACACCCUGAGUACUACAACCUGAACCAAUGAUUGCUGAGCGUGACAAGCAGCACUCCUGCCUGGGAUGAGGGUCUGCUAAGCUCAGCUCUGGGAGCAGCCAUGCUACAGGGGAGAGAUCCUCUCAGGUGGCUAAGUGUUGCAGUCACUGACACUGAGCAACAUCCUGAAAAAGACCUAUGUUUAAUGCCAGCAGAUUGUGCCGUGCUCGGCCCUAGCAGUCCUCCAUCCCGCCCCAAGUGAAACUCUGGCUCCCAGUCCAAGCUGCCCAACCAGUUACCAUAUCCCUGGUCAUUUUAGCUAUCAGUCACCCCUCUGCAUGACAAGUCAGGAGCUUGUAGCACCCUCUGUUGUAUGGUCAGUCCACUGUAGUGGGGGUGGUUCUUGCUAAGCCAGAUUAUGUCUGUAGGUGGGAAAAAGAAAAGUCUUCUGGAGAAGCAUGCAGACCCCUUUGAUUGUGAUGAGCAAGGUCCUGGGGUGCAGGGCAGGGCAUUCUGAUGAAAGGGGUUCAGUGUCUCCUUCCACCUCAGCAGUGAGUGUGCUGCGGUAGUGGCUAGGUACCACCACUGCCCCAGCCUGUGUUUUGGUUCUAAAAAGUGAGUAGAGUGUUGUGUUUUCAGUUCUCCCAUAUAUGUCACAUAACUUAUCUGUAUUUAUUUAUCUGUGUUUGUGUUAAAUUUGUGUUGUGGAAAUAAAUCCUUUUUCUAGUAAA